UUGGAACGCGUGUAUGCCAAUUUGAUGAGAAUACAUUUCUAAGAGAACCUAUUUUUCUACAAAACACACGAAAGAAAAUUAUCUAAGACCUAGUGAAAUAGAGGAAAAAAAACACCCACUCGUAAAAGCUCUUAUGUAUCUAUCAAGUUCUCUUCAGUACUCUUCUUUUUUUUUCUAUUCCAUAACCAUACUUGUAAAGUCAAGUGUUUUGGUUCGAUAAACAUUUGGCAUAAAACUAUAUUCAGUGAAUUUAUGAAAAUUAUUCGAGGAAGACGUGUAUUUGAGUGUCAAUCAAAAUGAGUGAAAAUUUCAAUAAAGACGAACUUGAGGCUCCUGGAUGGAUGAAUAAAUCAUUUUUUGAAGAAGUUUUGAAGAAAUGUGAAAACACUGAUUCGGUUUCGGUGACUGAUAUCAACAUGUCUCCAGCAACAGCUAAAGGUGAUCACUAUGCGAGUAUAAUGUUUCGAGGAAAAAUCACCUAUAAUUCGAAUUUGGGUAAAGGAUUGACAAAGUCGUUGAUAAUCAAGGCUAUGCCACAAGUUGAAGGACAUAAAAUGGAUAUGUUGCAGGAAUCGUAUAUUUUCGAAACAGAAAUUGCAAUGUAUUCCGAAACCAUUCCGAAAUUGGAAGCAGAAUUGAGGAAAAUUGGUGAUAAUACAGUUUUGGGAGGAAAGGCUUUGUAUCACUCAUUGAAACCACACAAAUGUAUUAUAUUUGAAGACAUUUGUCCACUGGGUUAUGAAACUUCGGCAAAGAGAUCGAUUGACUUGGCGGAUUCUAAAGCAGCUUUUUUGAAAUUGGCUAAAUGGCAUGCUGUGAGCUAUAAACUUGCUGCUGAGGGUGAUAAGUCAGUGACUGAUUAUAAGCAUGGGCUAUUUACUAUCAAAGAUUUUGACAAAGAUGAAUUCAUCACUGGUGGAAUAAAAGAAUUCACAGCCAAAUGUGAAAAAGUUGAUGAACUCAAGCAAUACGUUCCAAAACUUCAACUCAUUCAAAAGGAUCUUAUCAGUCGUUGCUGCAAAUCUUAUGAUAGCUAUCGACAAGCAAAUCCCGAAGGAAUAUUUGUUCUUUGUCAUGGAGACUUUCAUGCCAAGAAUAUGAUGUUUAAGAAAAAUAGCAAAGGUGAAACAGAGGACUUGAUGCUUAUUGACUUCCAAAUUUGCUUCUUCGGACCAGCAAUAUUAGAUAUUAUAAGUGGAUUGUAUAUGGUUGCUAAUGAAGAUUGUCGUAAAAAUCACUACGAUGAAUUAGUUCAUUAUUAUUGUUCAAAUUUCAUUGAAACACUUGAAAAAUUAAACUUUCAAGGAAAAAUUCCGAAAAUUUCUGAAUUUUUCAUGGAAAUUCUUCGAAAUAGGCAUUGGGAGCUAUUUGUAAUUUCAACAUUUUUGCCAGCAUUGUAUGCUUUAGACAAAGGAUCAAUGGAUCUUGAAGAACUGAUGACUUCUGGAGAAUUUCGGAAAACACUCUAUGAUAAUGAAGAUUAUAUCAAUGAUAUGAAGCGAUUGUUACCAAUAAUGUUUCAUCGGGGUUAUUUAGAAGUAAAAGAAGUGAAAAUAUCACCAGCAUCAGCUCAAGGUGAUCACUAUGCAAGUGUUAUGUUCCGAGGAGCUGUUACUUAUGAUACACCAAAAUCCAAAGGUAUAUCGAAAUCUCUGAUUAUCAAAACUAUGCCAGAAUUGGAAGGCACUAAAAAGGAUAUGCUGGGAGAAUCGUACAUUUUUGAAACAGAAAUUGCGAUGUAUUCAGAAACAAUACCGAAAUUAGAAGCUGAAUUGAGGAAAAUUGGUGAUCAAACAGUAUUGCAAGCUGGAGUUUUGUACCACUCUCUGGAACCAAGGAAGGUCAUAAUUUUCGAGGAUAUUUGUCCCAAAGGAUAUCAAGUGUUGCGAGACAGACAUUGUAAUAUGGAUGAAGUCAAAUUGGCAUUUUUGAAACUUGCCAAAUGGCAUGCUGUGAGCUAUAAACUUGCUGCUGAGGGUGAUACUUCAGUAACCGGCUAUAAGGAAAGUUUUCUAGCAUUCAAAGAUAUCGAAGAAAUGCCAUUUAUGACACAAGGAAUUGAAAACUUCAUAAAUAAAAUAAACACAAUUGAUGAUCUAAAACAAUAUGUACCGAAAUUGCGUGCAAUUCAAAAAGAUGUGCUGAAACGUUCGAUAAAUUCAACAAAAAUCGCUCAACAAAAAGGAUCUGAGGGAGUAUUUGUUCUCUGUCAUGGGGAUUUCCAUCGAAAGAAUAUGAUGUUUAAACAUUUUUCGGAUGGUAAAAUUGAAGAUGUGAUGUUGAUUGAUUUUCAAGUGUCCUAUUAUGGACCAGCAGUAUUGGAUGUUCUUUAUGGAAUGUAUAUGCUCGUAGAUGAAAAUAUGCGAUUAAAUUGUUACGAUGAAAUAAUUCACUACUACAAAUUAUUUUUGAUGUCUUCAUUCUUGCCAAUGUGGAUUGCAUUUGCAACUGGUGAUCUAAAUCCUGAUGAUAUUAUGACAUCUGACGAAGCCCGAAAAAAUGUUUAUGAGAGUGAAGAAUAUAUCAAUGAAAUAAAAAAAAAAUAUCUUACUCAAAAUCUUAUACAAAUGGGUGAUUUCAAUCAAGAUGAGCUAAAUGCUCCAAAUUGGAUGAAUACAGAAUUUUUCACUGAAGUCUUGAAUAAAAGUGAAGAAGAUGAUGGAGUUUCGAUUAAUGAUUUAAAAAUCACACCUGGUUCUGGCAAAGGUGAUCACUAUGCAAGUGUAAUGUUUCGUGCAACAGUUAAUUUUGAUACAAUUAAGUCAAAAAAUCAAUCAAAAUCUAUGAUAGUCAAAAUAGCUCCUGAAGCUGAUGGACGAAAAAAGGAUCUUUUAUCUAAAACAUUUGUAUUCGAAACAGAAAUUGGAAUGUAUUCAGAGACAAUACCCAAAUUCGAAGAAGAACUAAGAAAAGUCGGUGAUGAAACAGUAUUAGGAGCAAAAGCUCUGUAUUACUCACUGGAACCAAGGAAAUGUAUAAUUUUUGAAGAUAUUGUACCAAAAGGUUAUGAAACAUUACGAGAUAGAGGGCUAAACAUGGAAGAAGUGAAAGCAACUUUAACAAAACUAGCCAAAUGGCAUGCUGUCAGCUAUAAACUUGCUGCAGAGGGUGAUAAAUCAGUAACAAAGUAUGAACAUGGUCCAUUCAGUGCCGCUGAAACUAUGCCUUUUAUGACAGGUGGAGUAGAAAAUUUGAUAGAAAAACUGAAAACACUGGACGAAUUCCAACAGUAUGUCCCAAAAUUAGAAGAAAUCAAGGAUGAUAUCUUGAAAAGAUGCAUACAAUCAUCGAAUUCCUACAGAAAUGAUGAAAACCCUGAAAGCAUUUUUGUUCUUUGUCAUGGGGAUUUUCAUGGCAAAAAUGUGAUGUUCAAAAGAAAUGAAGAAGGCAAAUUAGAAGACAUUAUGUUGAUUGAUUUCCAAGCAUGUUAUUUUGGACCUGCAGUAAUGGAUCUACUCUAUGGAAUGUAUUUGAUUGUUGAUAAUGAUAUGCGUGCUAAUAAUUUCGACGAAAUAAUUCAUCAUUAUUGUACGAUUUUUAUUGAUACUUUGAAAAAGUUGAAAUUUGAAGGAAAAAUUCCACAAAUUUUUGAAUUCUUCAUUGAUAUUUUACGACACGGACAUAUGGAACUCUUUAUGUUGAGUACUUUUUUGCCCAUGUGGUUUUACAUAGAGGUCGAAUUUGAUCUUGAAGCCUUGCUCUUUUCGAACGAUGUAAGAAAAAAGCUCUUAGAUGCCCCAGGAUAUAUCAAUGAGUUGAGAAAUUAUUUGCCAAAAAUGUUUAACAGAGGAUAUUUUGAGUAGAACUUUUCUCAAAGCUAAUAUAAUAUGAAUCCCUAUUUUCUUAAUACCAUAAA